UCUGCGAACCAGCGACAUAACCAGUUGCUCAACAUCGUUUUUAAAGUUGUUUCAGUACGUGAGGCAAAUAUAUGUUUAGUGAUUAUGCUUCGCGUUUUCUUGCACAAUCCAGAUUUUCUUCAGCCGGUCAACAACAUUCCGGUUUUCGAUCAUCGAAUUCACAGCUAGAUAUAACCAAGCCUUCACUACCAAGGUCAAUUGAGAAUGAGCAGGAUUUUCUAAGGACAAAUGAAGCAUCUUCUGCUGGAACGAGUGGAUUGCAUUCUCUCUUGAACUCGGACUCUAUAAACUGGCAAUUGAGAGAAGAAGAGCAGUCUGAUGGCUCUGAGAUCCUUUCAAAUGAUGAUUCUAGAGAUCAGAGAUUCAUGCAUAUGUCGAAUGGCAUCGAGGAAUCAUCUAUACAACCCGAAAGCGAGUCCAAUUUGUCCCCUAGUGGUAACGACGAAUUUAUGGAAUUGCCUAAUGAGCGAUAUCUGGCAACUGAGAGAAAAAUACCAAAUAAAAAAUGGGGCAUCUUAUUCGGUUGUCUCUGCCUUGUGAUGUUCACCUACAGUAUACUUACUAUAUGGCGAACGAAUCCUGAGUCUCCUCCGCAGACAUCACCAUAUGCCACUAUUCAAAGAGCCUUUCCGUUGUUUCAAAAGGAUGCCGUCGUUUGCAUGUUUUUGGCUGUCGCAUGGCUCUUUUGCCUAGUCGCAAUCCCCCAGUUCCUUGUUUUCCUUUUAGCCGCUGCACCUAUUUCCAUGUUUGCUUUUUCUAUUUAUUUAUUUAACGCUUCGAGAAUUCAAUUAGAAAACUCCAUUCAAUCCAGUGUUAUGCGAAUAGUCGGUUUGAUUCUUCUUUUAUUCACUAUGAUUUGUUCUUCCUAUAUUUGGCGGCAUUGGAGCCGAUUUGAAACCUCUUUUAAUAUUGUUAGGCUUGCAUGCCGUGUAAUUUCUGACAUUCCCCAAAUAGUUUUAAUAUUCAUAAGUUUCUUAGUUUCCUUUUACAUAUUGAUUUUUAUAUGGGUCCGUCUGUUUGCUCGGCUGUUCUUGCGUGGUUCUUCAUUUGUAGGUUCAGUCUGGGUUUUACCAAAAAGUUCAUGGAUAUUAGCUUCGUUCUAUGCUUUCCAUUUUCUUUGGCUCUGUGUGUUUCUAAACUCGCUACAAUGUUCUAUUUUAUCGUCAAUCGUCUCACAAUGGUUUUUUUAUCGAAAUACAAGAAUGACCGCAACCAAAACCAAUUUGGUUUCUCAUUUUUUCUACGACGUCCUCUUUUAUCAAUACGGGUUGUGCUCGGUUUCUUCCUUUUUAACCAUCUCAACUAAAAUCCCUCUUCAUAUCUUUCCAACAUGGAUGAGGCAUACCUCUCACCUGGUUUAUUAUAUGUUUACUUCCAUUUCGGUUUCCUAUGUGGCUUCUCCUCUUACGCUUGCUUACGCAUCAAUAUAUUCAGUUCCAUACAUGAAUGCCUCGAAAACGCUAAGUCAAAUAGAACAAUUGAACCGAGUAAAUUUACGUCGACGUUGCUAUUACAUUUCUAAAUACACCCUACUUCUUGCUCGUACUAUACUCGCCAUUGGGGUUGGCAUAACAGCGUGGAAUUUCUCGGUCCACUCUAAUGGAAUUUUUUACGGAUAUUUGGUCGGAAUUCUUGGUGGAUUCUUGGCGUGGUUAAUUAUAGGAGUCAUUGAAGGAGGUCUGAGUAUGCUGGUUGAUGCUUUGUUAAUAUGUACUAUAAUUGAUAUUUCCAGUUGUCAAGGCGAUCCCAAUGGUUCUCACUGUUAUGAAGCUUGGCAACUUUUCGAAUCCAACGGAUUUUAAUACGACAGCAUUUUUAUUCUUUUUUUUGAAAAUAUUUUUACCCAGUUUCAUCACGGUGCUUUUACUUAUGUUUCAUAUCGGCAAAGUUUAGUUUCGUUUCUUUUGGUCCGCUGAAGAAAUACUUUAAUCGCCUAUUUUAUAGCUUACGUUGGAGAGUAUUUCUUUAAUUCUUCUUUUGAAGUAAUGUAUUAUUGUAAUGAUCAUCUAUAUAGUUCAUUUUCUAUCCAUG